CGAUUUUCUUACGCUUUCCUUGUCAUCGACUCAUCGUUUCUAACGUAGAAGUGGAAAUCCUCUUUCGUUUUCAUUUCUCAGAUUAAAAAAAAUAUAUAUAUAUUGAAAAAAGAAAUCUCUUCUCAGUCGCUCAGUCACUCAAUUGAAUUUUUCCGGAGAAUCUGAUCUUCUCUUUUCUGUUUGUUUCUCUUAUUUAUUGAAAGCAUGGAUCCGUGGGCAAUACAUGUGAAGAAUUCGACUCAUAGCCCCUUUUCGGUAAGGAAUUAUUCGAUGAUUCCCGAGAAACCAAAUUCCUGGAAUUUUGGAACAGUUAGACUGCUUGAGUUCAGGUUUUGGAGGCGGAAGCUCACGUCUUCUUCUUCUUCUUCUUCUUCUUCCUCUUAUGGCUAUCAUUCAUUGUUCAUAAGAGCCAUGGCUAAAAAGAAUAAUAAUGGUUACAAACUCCUGGAGUAUCAUUUGAAAAUCCAAGGAAGAUUCGCCUGUUCCAGAAAAAGUGCAUUCGAGUUACAAUAUGUAUCCUUUGGGGCAGGAAGAUCGAUAAACAGAGAAAGAGAAGAAAAGGCGUUAUGCUUAACACAUGCAAGAAAUGGUGAUCGGUCUAUCCCUGGAGGAGAUAGUUCCAAAGGAAACUCUCCUGGUGACAAAAAGUCAAAUGAUAAUUCUUCCCAGAAAUCCCACGGUGUAAAUUUGGAUUGGAGAGAGUUCAGAGCAAAAAUGGUUAUUCAGGAGCAGGCGGAGAUUGCAGAGACUGACGCUGCUAACCAAGCUGGCUCACCUCGAGAUUCCAAACCGCUUGGCCUGAAAUGGGCGCAUCCUAUUUCAGUGCCUGAGACUGGCUGCGUCCUUGUUGCCACUGAAAAACUUGAUGGAGUUCGCACCUUUGACAGAACAGUUGUUCUCCUUCUUAGAUCAGGAACUAGGCAUCCACAGGAAGGGCCAUUUGGAGUUGUCAUUAAUCGGCCACUUAACAAAAAGAUCAAACAUAUGAAACCAAAUAGUAAUGAAUUAGCAACCACAUUUGCUGAUUGCUCUCUGCAUUUUGGUGGGCCUCUUGAGGCAAGCAUGUUUUUGUUAAAAACAGGAGAAAAGGCAAAGCUUCCUGGGCUUGAAGAGGUGGUCCCUGGCCUGUGCUUCGGUGCAAGAAACAGUCUGGACGAAGCUGCAAAACUUGUGAAAAAAGGAGUGCUGAAGCCUCAAGAUUUCAGAUUCUUUGUCGGUUAUGCAGGGUGGCAACUGGAUCAGCUGAGAGAGGAAAUUGAAUCAGACUAUUGGUAUGUGGCCUCAUGUAGCUCAAAUUUGAUAUGUGGAGGUUCAUCAGAUUCAUCAUCAGAAAGAUUGUGGGAGGAGAUUUUGCAGCUGAUGGGCGGUCCUUACUCCGAGCUUAGCCGGAAGCCUAAGCAAGACAUGUAGGUACACAUAUAUAAUGAACUUUGAGCUUCGAUCUACUGAAUUAAAAUAUGCAGCUUAGGCAGUAGCAUUCAUGAAGCAGAAAUGUACAGGAACUCACUGUCUCCUGUUAGGCAGAAAUCUUUUUUUUUUUUUUUUUU